GAGAGAGAGAGAGAGAGAGAGAGACGAUGUGUCACUUCUCUCCUUUGUCCCUCCUCCAUAGUAAAGCCUGUGCUCAUCACAAAGCGGUGGAUCUGCACUCAUAACCCCUACAAAGCAGGAUGACCCACAAGCGUCCCUUCACGCUCCUUUUCACUUAACCCCCGUUAACCGAUCCGAACCGGCACUCACUGCAUGCUUCUACAGCCUAGGACACUGCAUCCCCUCCCCUUUCCUCUGGAAUAAAAGCCCUAGCAGUCAGUCCCCGCUGAAGCAGCAUGCCCGACGCUGCGUCCGCCAGUAACGGCGCCGAUCCCGACGGCUCGCGCCACCGCCACCGCGCGCACGCAGAAGCGGAGAAGCCGGAGCAAAGCGCCUCGUGCCCGCCAGCGUCUUCUGGCGUUCUGGAUAAACUGUUUGGAAAGAGGCUGCUGCAGGCUGGGAGAUACAUCAUGUCCCAUAAAUCCUGGAUGAAGACAGUGCCCACAGAGAACUGUGACGUCCUCAUGACUUUUGCAGACACCACAGACGACCACACAUUACUGUGGCUGCUUAAUCAUAUACGCCUUGGCAUCCCAGAACUUAUCAUCCAGAUCCGACACCACAAACACACAAGAGUCUAUGCGUUCUUUGUAACAGCAACAUAUGAAAAUCUGUUGCGAGGAGCAGAGGAGAUGGGUCUGCGGAAAGCAGUGAAGCCAGAGUUUGGAGGUGGAUCUCGCAGCUUCUCUUGUGAGGAGGACUACAUUUAUGAGAACAUUGAGAGCGAAUUGUGCUUCUUCACAUCACAGGAACGCCAGAACAUAAUCAAAUACUGGCUGGAUAAUCUCAGAGCCAAACCAGGGGAGGUCCUUCACAACAUCCACUUUCUUGAAGGGCAGCCCAUAAUUCCAGAGCUAAAGGCACGAGGUGUGAUCCAACAAGUCUUCCCCCUCCAUGAGCAGAGAAUUCUGGGCCAGCUAAUGAAAUCGUGGGUGCAAGCUGUGUGUGAGAAGCAGCCCCUAGAUGAUAUAUGUGAUUAUUUUGGAGUGAAGAUUGCCAUGUACUUUGCCUGGCUGGGUUUUUACACAACCUCUAUGCUGUAUCCUGCUGUGAUAGGAUUUGUACUGUGGAUGCUGACUGAAACUGAUCAGACCAGCAGAGAUAUAUGCUGUGUAGUAUUUGCUCUCUUUAACGUGGUGUGGGCCACACUGUUCCUGGAGAGGUGGAAGCGAAGAGGAGCAGAACUGGCUUACAGAUGGGGCACGUUGGACACACCAGCUGAAUUACUUGAAGAGCCACGGCCACAGUUUAGGGGUGUGAAGCGGUGCAGUCCGGUGACGGGCUGUGAGGAGUUCUAUUACCCACCUUGGAGGAGGAGGGUGUUCAGAUGGUUGGUUAGCUUUCCUGUCUGUAUUUUCUGCCUUUGCUUUGUCUUCCUGGCCAUGCUCAUCUGCUUUGAGCUUCAGGAAUUUGUGAUGGGGAUUAAAGAGCUGCCACGGGUGGUGAGGUUUAUCCCUGAAAUCAUACUGGCCAUCACUGUGACUGCAUGUGACGAGGUGUACAGAAAGAUAGCCUGUUGGCUUAAUGACAUGGAGAACUACAGACUCCAGAGUGCCUAUGAGAAAAAUCUCAUCAUCAAAAUGGUUCUUUUUCAGUUUGUAAAUUCAUAUCUCAGCCUUUUCUACAUUGGAUUCUACCUCAAAGACAUGGAGCGUCUAAAGGAGAUGCUAGCAACACUGCUGAUAAUCCGCCAGUUCAUGCAGAAUUUGAAGGAAGUGCUGCAGCCGUACCUCUAUGAGCGCCACCGCCUGGGAGAACUCACUUUGCGCGCUGUGUGGGACCUGCUAGUAUCAGCAUUAAUAAAGUAUGGACGUUUGGCAGUUGGAAGGGCGCAUAUGUCUCCCAGCAAACCCAGCAUCCCCGGGCAGAGCCUGCAGGGAAGCCAACAAGGUGUUCUGGGCCAGCAAGAGCGCCAAGAGCGCAAGUGUCUGAAUGGUGGUUGCGGUGUCCCUGAUGAGGAGCCUGAGGAAGAGGCUGGAGCUAGGAACAGUGCAGAGGAGACAGAGGAGGAGAAUGCCAUUGAUUGUGGCCUCAAACUCCGCAAAGUCAGCUUCAUCGAGAAGGUGGACCGCAAGUCUAUUGGUUGCAUCAGUCCCAUGGAGGACAGCUUCCUGGAGGAGGGGAGCCCCACCAUGGUGGAGAAGGGCAUGGACCCAGCUUUGGUCUUCGAGAUGUGUGAUGAUGACGAUGAUAGUGUCACCCCAGAGGCAAAGGAGCAGGUCACAGAGUCAUCUGGGCCUGAAAGCAGUGUGCCGCCGAAGCUGCGGAAGAGAGGCCGGAGUCUGGAGAGGGCCGACAGUAAGAGCAGGAGAGAGUCAUGGAUGGAUCCCCCUGAGGAGCAGGAGACCACCACACUCACCCAAGCUGAAAUCGAGAGCUGCAUGCAAACAUAUGAGGACACAUUUCAGGAUUACCAGGAAAUGUUUAUUCAGUUUGGCUACGUGGUGCUCUUUUCCUCUGCCUUCCCACUGGCAGCCAUGUGUGCCCUCAUUAACAAUAUCAUCGAGAUCCGCAGUGAUGCCUUCAAGCUCUGCACAGGCCUCCAGAGGCCAUUUGGCAUGAGAGUGGAAAGCAUUGGACAGUGGCAGACGCUAAUGGAGGCCAUGGGUCUGAUAGCAAUCAUUGUAAACUGUUACUUGAUUGGUCAGUGUGGGCAACUACAGAGGCUCUUCCCUUGGCUGAGCCCUGAGAUGGCCAUCAUCUCGAUCGUGAUCUUAGAGCACUUCGCUAUCUUACUGAAAUAUGUAAUUCAUGUGGCAAUCCCCGACAUCCCCAACUGGGUAAGCGAAGAAAUGGCCAAACUGGAGUUUCAGCGCAGGGAGGCAUUCAAGAAGCAUGAGCGCCAAGCACAGCAGCACUUCCAGCAACAGCAGAGGAGAAAAAGAGAAGAGGAAGAACGGCAGCGGCAAGCUGAGUACCAGGCCCGGCGUGAGCGAGACGAUGGGCGGCCUGACACCUCUGGAGGCGACCAUCAUCAUGAAAAGAGCCAAGGAGGCAAAUCCAGAUCGAGCGGCGGAGGUGGAGGCUCUGUAAGUGACAAACCGAAGAGACCCAGCUCGCUGCUGGCCAAUAAUAAUGUAAUGAAACUCAAACAGAUCAUCCCUCUGCAGAGCAAGUUUUCCUCUGGCACGGCCCGUUCACCACAGUCACCAACAGGGAGCGAACCGAAGCUCCCGGGCUUCCUUAGUUUCAAGUUCCUCAAGUCUCCAGAAAACAAAAAGGAAGCGGCAGCAGCUUCAGCUUCAGCCAAUUCUAGCAUUGCUGCACUUGGACAGGAGCGAUCUCAGUCCCCCAGCAAGUCCUUCAAUCCUGGGAAACUGUUUAAUUUUGGGAAAUCGGAUGGUGGGGCAUGUAUCAAUGGGGCUCAACUCACAAAACCAGGGGAGGGGAUACAGCCAAUGGAGAAGCCGCUUACAAGGUCUGAUCUCAAUGAUGUGCCAGACGAGAUCCCAUCACCAGGGGAAGAGGAACAGGAGAAUGGACACUCAUUAGACUCUGAGUCCUCAGGCCCUAAAAUCUAAAUCCAAUAAAAACACCUACUGUAGAAAAAUGACUAACAAAGGGAUACAGAAGGUCCUCUCAGUGCCCUUCAGCACAGUGAAAGACUGAGCCUAGAGGCUGUUAAGUAAUACUGUGGGAAAAAUGAAAUAGGGUUGUUUUUUUGCUGAGGAAUAUAGGUUUUUCAAAUAUGACUCCCCCUACAUACACACACAAGGCCUUUUGUCUACAAUACAUACAGGAAUGCAUGAGCUGCAUUUCUAAUGUGUUUUGAAAAUGAUAUUCCUGAAAGAAUAGUGCAGUUUUAAGUUAUCAUGGUCUGAGAAUUGUAAGCAUUUUAAACACCCUUUGUUUUAAAAAUAUUUUACCAUCAGUUUUAUAUCAUACAGUGAGACCUUCAAAAAAACACCACAGAUUGAUAUUAUCAUAAUCAAUUUGAACUGUGAGUGUUUUUAAUCAUGAAAACUUUUAUACUUAAAGCAGCUGGUUUAGUUUAGCAAUUGCAGUAUUUCAUGAAUAAGGAGGUGCUGUAAACCUGCAUCAUUCCUGCAUCAUUAGAACAUAUAGUUUCAAACUGAAGAAAAUGCAAUAUCUCUAUUUUGAAUGACAGUUUGAAUGACACAUACACAGGUUUGUGAAGAACAGUCUGGAGAAGGACUGCAUAAAAACUUGAGGCAAGUGUGGCAAGGCCAAAAUGUGAAUGUGAGGGUAUAGUGUAUGGAUGGGUAAAGGAAGUGUGGUGGCUAUUUCAGAAUACAAUCUCUUAUUGCAGAAGUGCAGCUAGCCGCUUGAACAGGAUUUUCCCUCCUUUGUUAGUAUAGCCUAAAAACAUAGAAAAUGCUGGAGAUCAAGACUAUCAUGGUACUAAAAUUAAAAAAAAAAAAAAAAUGUGUGUGUGAGUCCUCCUCUGCAUCUUAAUAUAUUUAACCUAGAGGAUAGCAUUUGACCUCCACAUUCACUUUUUUCAAUUCUUAUACUGGUAUGGCGGAGUGAUUUCUCGAUUUGUGACGAAGACAUUCCCUUGAUUUGCAACUCAAAAGCCUGCUGGACCAUCAUAAAAUACAGGCAUUGCCUUGCAAAGGGAUUCUGUGAGGAAGUAUAGUAAUGCGUAGCAUUUCCAUUUCCACAGUUCAUACUAGUUGCAGCCUCAGAGAACAUUUUGCACUAAAUCCUACUGCUGGUGGGAGGGAAAGACUUUGCUAAGAAUAGGAGAACACCAGCUUGCCUCAUAAUGUAUGCAAAUGCUUAAUUAUUGUUUUCAUUGCAAUGCACUACAGAAGCAUUAUUAACCCAUCUGGUUUCUGUACAUCUCGGUGCUUUCUCUAACUUUGGCCUAACCUGUUUAUUUGCCUAUUCAUUCCUACCUUCUUUAUUUUGAUAAUUCUGAUUUCAUUAAUUGCCAAAGCAAAACUAGCAGAAACACUUUGUGCAUUGUGAUGAAGUUUCUUUGUAAAGCCAUAACUGCUUGGAAUAUUUUACCAGAAAAUACAUUUAGUUUGCAAAAAACAUCCUUGCAGCUCUGAUGACCAGGUGAAGGAAAAUGGAAGAAUACAUAUAAUUUGAACAGUGUUUCAGUGUUGGACACAGAAGGUGGAUACGGUUCCAUUAAUUCAGUAUGAAUUCAUUUUUGUAAUCACAUUAAUACCAUUAGCUUUAAAGUGUAGCCUAUAGUUGGACUUCAGCAAUCUGCUCAUUGACUGAACUGCAGAUGAAUAAAAAUCACUGAAAUGGAAUUGACCCCAAACUGGAAAGGCAAACAGUUUGCACAGUUUUUUGUUCAUGUUUUAUUAGCAUUACCUAAAAUACAAGAUGACAGAUAAGAGGAAUGAUAAGACACUUAUUAAACGAUUCCCUUGAUAUGGCCAACAAUGGAUUUAAACUAAAGCAAUUACGUUUAAUAUCAGUGAGGUACUUGUGAUUUGAUUACAUUUUUAUGUGAAAAGAAUGAGUGGUGCAGAAAAAAAAACAAUACACAGUUUUUAUUUAGUAUUAUAGUAAUGUGAUAGGUAACAGGAACUAUGCACUUAUUUCCUCAUUUCAUUGACAGAGUUGGCUCAAAUAACUGUUGCAAUAAUAUGUCAGCCUGCACAAUAAUCCUUACUCAUCCAGAUCUGAGGUUUUUCAUUCCGAAUGUUGAGUAAUGUCAAAAAGUAGAAUUUUAACAAAACUUGGUAACUGGUCAUUUGAGAUGUUAACGUUUAUGUUUAAUGAUGUUCAUACAACCCAUCUGUUAGCCCUAUCCAAACCUCCUGAAUCAGCUCUGUGCUUCCAUUGGGUCUUAAAUAGAAAAUUUUAUAUUAAUUUUAAUUUAACUUGCCCUAAGGACCCCCUAAGUUCUACACAAUUAAAAAUGGCAGUUGUUUGACUUUUUCUAAUAUUGUAUCCAUGUUCUAGUAUAAUAAAAAAUUACAUGUUAAUCACAUAAUAUUAAUGACCUUGUUAUUCCCUAUUAACUAUGUUAUAUAGCUACUUAGAUUUAAUAUUGACAGGCAGUUGUGAUGCUUCUUUGGCAGUAUUUAAUGCCUUAAGAAGUGUGUUUAAAUAAAAACACAAGACACUUGAAAAAGAUAAAUUGCAAAACAUAGCAAUGACAUUUCAUAAUCAACCGAGUAUUUUAUACUAUUCAAAUAAAAAGAUGUUAUUUAGCAUUGCUUAAAAUCAAAUUAUAAUUCUCAAAUUUAUCAUAUGGAAAAGGCUGCAAAAUUGGAACUCAGAACAAAGAAUCCACUGGAGUAUUAGGGCAACACACAUGAUACUUCUUGACCAGGUAGAUAUAACUGUGGUUUAAAAUAGAUUUUCAUUUCAAUCUCAUUAUUUAUUAAUGACAAUAUUUCCUCGACAGAAAAAGUCUCUUACUCCAUUGUGCAGAAAGAAUUUACUCUGUGCAAAGUGAAAUGAAACGGUGCCUGAUGUGGCUUAUACUGAGGCACGAUGUCUGUGUUCUAGAAAUAUGAAAUAAUAAGCUACAGUUCAUACCCUAUUAUCUUGAGUGUUACUCUGUAUUUAUGGCAAAGAUGCUGAGUUUUAUGUCUUAGUUUAACUGAAGAGCAACAUGGAUGCUGCAGGGUUUCUGUCAUAUCUGUCCAGCAGUUAAUGUCAUCACCAGUUAAUCAUCAGUUAAUGUUAUUUAAUAAGAUCAGACAUUUAUUUUUUACUAAUCUAUAAGAAUACCUUAUAUGUGACUUAGGAACCGUGGUUUAUGUUCAACCCUACUGUGAAUAAUUAAUGGGCUAUUGAUUUAUACUUUUAAGAAAUUGCCACUCAGAAGCGGAUACAUGCAGUUACAGACAGUGGAAAAAGAGAGCCUAGUAGUACUCAAGUGUGUAGAACUCCUUCUCUGAAGGCAACCUCACAAACUAACAUGCUCUUCCAAUAUACCACUGUAAAGUUUCUUUCAUUUUCAAAGAAAAUGAUCAUAGGAAAUGGUCUUAUUUAUUUCUGUUGAUUUAUUUUUGUCAUAUUUUUGUAAGACCUGAAAUGGAAUAAUAAACAGUUUUAAAUUUACAGUU